AUGUAAAAAAUAAGUGAUUUGCCAAAGAGACCUGCAAGAUCGCAGAGAUUGGAACAAAUAAGCAGACGUAUAAAUCUGAUUUCUAAUCACUUUCCCAUUAAGUUUAUCUAGUAAAAUCAAGCGAUUAAUAUUUACUCAGUUGAUUUUGAUCCACCAAUAGCAGAUGAUGCUAGAAAAUUGAGAGAAGAAAUAGUUAAAUUGGCAACUCGAGAUCUGUAGACUUAAAGACUUGAAGAAUUCACAUUAAGAGGAAGAAACAUCUGGUCAUCCAUCAAUAUCCAAGAUCGUCUCAUAGCCACGGUCACCUUCCAAGGCUAAGAAUAUAGGGUUCUCGUUGAACACAAAAAGGAGUACACUUUGCAAGACCUUUCAGAAACAACUGUCAAUCCAGUCACUUAAUCAAUCAACGUAGCAGUCAAAAGAUCGUUAAGAGAAAUGGGCAUGAUUGAAAUUGGCAGACAAUCCAAGUUUUAUGAUCCCAGAGAUAUUGAUUGCAACAGACAUGGAUUGAAAGUGUGGAGAGGAGUCAAAACUUCCUUCCAAAUGUAUCAAGGCAAACCUUAUCUCCAGAUAGAUUUCGCAUCUAGAGUUCUGAGAGAUCAGACGGCCUUGCAAUUCAUGAUGAGUCUCAACACCAGGAAUAUAUAGGACAUUUAAAAUGAAAUGAUUGGAUUGAGUGUGUUGGCAGCCUAUGGAAAUUGUAGAAUAUAUAAAAUAGACGAAAUCGACUUCACUGUCUCUCCUUUGCAUUCAUUUCAAUUAUAAGAUGGGAAGUCUAUCACUUAUCAAGAGUAUUACAAACAGAGAUAUAAUAUCUAAAUCAGAGAUCUCCAACAACCUCUCAUAGUGAAUCGAGACAAGAGAAAUCAAGAUAAGAUUAUUUACUUGGUGCCUGAAUUAUUGACUAUGACAGGAUUGACUGAUCGCCAAAGAAGUGAUUACAGAUGUAUGUAAAGUGUGGCUCAAUACACUAAAUUGACACCACAACAAAGAGACAAUGAGAUAUAUGGAUUCUAUCAGAAUCUAAGAAAGUAUCUCAACAAAUAGAACAUACAAUUGAGUGAUGAUCAGAAUGUAGGUGGUUUUCAACUCCAAGCACCCAGAAUUUUUAUGGGAAAUAAAGAAUACUAAACUGAUUAGAGUGGAUUCUUCAUGAUCAAAGACCCUGUAUUCCAAGGAUCUCAUAUUCGAGACUGGUUUAUGGUCUAUCAAUCAAGAGGGAAGAAUGAUGAUGAUGAUGUUGAUUUUCUAGUCUCAGAACUCUAAAAACAAGGGGAUAGAAUUGGAAUCAGAAUUGAGAAACCCUACUAUGUUGUGCUUAAAGACAAUAACAUCUAAAAUUGGAUGUAGAGAUUGACAGCUGAAAUUGGUGACAAACCUCCAUAAUUGAUAGUCACCUUCAUUAAUGAAAAAGAUAAGGAUAGAAUCUAUGGACAGAUGAAGAAGUAUUGUUUUCAGGAACAUGGCAUCAGUCAUCAAAACAUUCUUAGCAAAUUCUUGAAAUCCAAAAAUCCUUCUAGUGUUGCUUCCAAAAUAGCUUAAUAAAUGAGCAUGAAAUUAGGUAAUCCUCUAUGGGCCAUUCCUAAGCCAAAUGGCAUUUCGGAUAAAACCAUGGUCAUUGGCAUCGAUAUCUAUCAUAAACUAUUGACUAAUCGGAGAUCUUGUAUGGGAUUUGUUGCCUAUUUGGAAUCAGAAUGUCUAAAUACAUUUGCCAGACCCAUCAUUAUGAAAGAAGGUCAGGAGAUGUGUCAUGAAGUAGGAAGAAUCACUGUGGAAGCCAUCUCUGCUUAUUUUGAAAGGAAUGGCAAAAAGUAUCUGCCUGAUACGAUCAUUGUGUUUAGAGAUGGAGUUGGCAAUGCUUAAAUUGAAGCACUUAAACAGACUGAAAUACUACAAAUGAAGAAUGCAAUAAGGAGUAUCAAUAAGAAUUACAACCCAUAAUUUGCUGUUAUUAUGAUCAAUAAGAAAAUCAAUGAUCGUUUCUUCAUGGUCAAUGGUGGUGGCGGGUAAAAUCAGUAGAAAUAGACACUUUCCAAUCCUCCUUCGGGUAGUGUCAUCGCAGACAAGAUUACAUCAUCUAAUUUUGACUAUUUCAUCACUGCUCAAUAUGUUACUCAGGGUACUUGCACCCCCACUCAUUAUAGGGUAUUGGAGAACGAUACUAAUUGGAGUGAAGAAUUGUUCUGGUAAUUCACCUAUUAUCAGUGUUUCAAUUAUUAGAAUUGGACUGGAGCAGUUAGAGUGCCUUCUUGUGUGCAAUAUGCUCAUAAGUUAGCUUAUUUAAUUGGAGACACUUAUCAAGGGACCCUUCAUAAACGACUGGCACAUUUAUAAUGUUGUCUAUGA